GUCAGUCGCAGUGGUAACACGAGCGAGAGGGUAGUUGCACGCGCCUGCCUUCGAAAGGAAAGAUCGCGGUGAAGAGAGGUGAGUGAGAGAGCGUGGGACAGACGGAGGGAGCAAAGAAGAGAGGAUCACGAGCGGGAAAGGGAAAGAAGGGAGCGGAAACAGAGCGAGCGAGCGCGCGCCCCUUGCCUUGGUUUUCAGUGUUUCGGUCUCGCGCGACGACUCAACCUCUCGUGUACGGUCAAGUCAGUCGGCCGGUUACGAGGCAGCCGAACAACGCGAUACGAACUGUCGUUACAUCGUUCGGUCUUCGGGUGGAGAGAGAGAGAGGAGCGAGAGAAACGAACGAACGAAAGCAUCGGUCGAAACACGCAACGUCAGAGACAGACAGAGAGAGAGAGAGAGAGAGAGAGGAGCGGUUAUACGAACGCUCGUGGAACGGACGAACUGUACGGGUACGAUAGAGAGACAGAGCAGUGGGGAUAUCGAGAAGGCCAUAUUCGUCGCCGGUUCGCGGGUUACGUACGAGACAUCACAACCACACGACCGGCGUGUGUUCCGGCGCGAGAAGGAACGAGCGACUGAUCAUUACUACAUCGCGUCAUCGUCGCGAAUCAACAUUCACGAGAGAAGAUCGGUGAAUACGCUACGAGCGGAAGAGGUAACGAUCGUCGAAAUCGAACCGACGACGAAUUAUUACCACCACGCGGUGCGGUGUCGUUCGAAUAUCCGUUUUUUUUUAAACGUGUAUACGUAAUCGUCGAACGUGAAUUACGUUGUCGCCGUGUCGUGACAUUCGCAGCUAUAUUCAUCGUACCGGUGGAAGUUGUCUCAUUCUUCGUCGCCGCAUACGUACCACGAUCGUUGUCCCUCGAUCAUUGCCACCGAGAAGGUACGAACCGUUCCGCCUCGUUUGUUCGAUAAAGAAGAGACGACGGAGGAGAAGUGAGGUCGACGACAGCUUUAUAUACGCGGUGAACAGCAGCGUGGACUCUAGUGCGACGAGUUUUCGACGAGCAUCGUCCAACCUCGUCUUGACCGGUGUUAUACGAAGAUACGAGUAAUUACACAUAGUAUAGAGCGAAAUGCCGACGAGUUUGUUCAGCGAGAUGGACCGUGGCUCGAAUGCCGGCGGCGCCGGCGCCUCCUUCGAGGAUCAGCGCGCCUUUCAGCUCGCCUUCGAGCUGUCGAUGCUCGGUCUGGAGGGUUCAUCCGGAUGUCCCGGAGCCGGCACCGGCAACGGCACUACCAACGAUCCGGAUCCGUUGCAGACCACACCGGCUGUCUUCGAGGAGGCGCGUUCUAAGAAGAGCCAGAACAUGACCGAGUGCGUGCCGGUGCCCAGCAGCGAACACGUGGCAGAGAUCGUCGGCCGACAGGGCUGUAAGAUCAAAGCGCUUCGAGCGAAGACAAAUACCUACAUCAAGACGCCCGUGCGCGGUGAAGAACCUGUAUUCGUGGUGACAGGACGCAAGGAAGAUGUGGCCCGUGCGAAGCGCGAGAUUCUUUCGGCCGCGGAGCACUUUUCGCAGAUCCGCGCUUCGCGCAAAAGCUCGUUGGGCGCACUGCUCGGAGCGCCACCCGGACCACCCGCUACCGUGCCCGGUCACGUGACGAUUCAGGUACGAGUGCCCUACAGAGUGGUAGGUCUGGUUGUCGGGCCAAAGGGUGCGACCAUCAAACGAAUUCAGCAUCAGACGCACACUUACAUCGUGACGCCCAGUCGCGACAAGGAGCCAGUAUUCGAGGUAACAGGCCUGCCGGAUAGCGUAGAGGCAGCCAGACGCGAGAUCCAGGCGCACAUCACUUUGCGAACCGGCGCCGCGCCCGGCAUCGUUGGCGACGAAAACGAGCUGUUGGGCGUACUCUGUCGCGGCGGUCUUAGCUCAGUCCUCGGUAUUCAAAAUAUUGAUCAACAGGGAUCUAACAGCUCUACCAGUUCGAACGGCGCGUUUUCAAGCAGCGGCAGCUGCAGCAGUUCGUCCAGCAGCACUGGAGCAAUCGGGCUGAACGACCUUGUUGCUAUUUGGGGCGCCGGGCUGGAAAGAGACGAGGGACUGGGCGAGUCGCCGUCAUUCGAGUCGCAGCCAACCUCGACAACGUCGAUCUGGUCGUUCCCGAGCGUCACGCUACCCUCGAGGCCUUCGCCACCGGCGACGGCAAGCCCAGCGUCGCCCACAGAUUCGCUUCUAGGUGGCGCACGGCGUGAGUGCGUUGUUUGCGGUGACAAGGAAGUCACCACGGCAUUGGUGCCCUGUGGACACAAUCACUUUUGCAUGGACUGCGGCAAUCGGGUCUGCGACAGCCAGGAUCCAAGCUGCCCGGUCUGUAAUAGGCGCGUCCUGCAGGCGCUCCGUAUCUUUUCCUAAGAGGGGCCCCAUCGAGCCGCCGCCCAUCAGUCUCCCGUAUGAUGUGACACCGCUAGUGCACGCAGCGGCUGCAUCAGCAACUUACCUUCUACCGCUCCUCGAGCAUCACGGUCGGCUGAUAACUGCUCCAGUACGCACGACGACAAGAGUGGAGAACAACGUUGGCGACAACGCCGAUGUCUGCGCGACGAUUUUAUUGGCGUCUUCAGGGUCAACCUUUCAUCUUCGCUGUCGUCAUCGUUCUACUAUGCUGGUGUGUGACGCCGUCGUCGUCAGGAGACCGAACGCGCACAAUGUCUCAAUUCCACGGCUGCCAAUAAUCUCUUUUACGCGACGGGAAUUCGCCUCGACGAAUUGCUCAUUUGGGUCGAUUGUCGUCGAGUUUGUCGAAUUCUCGCUGACCGGAUACAACGAAGCCAGCUUUUAAGUUCUACGAGAUAUAUAUUUAAAGAGAGAGAGAGAGAGAGAGAGAGAGAGAGAAAGAGACAGAGACAGGGAUGGAUACACUCACCCACCGUCAUCGUUCCCCCACUCCUCCUAUAUGUCAUUUGUCUGUUCCUUGUCUUUUGCAUAGAUUGGGCUCGCGGCUCGUCGAGUACUCUAAUAAACCUCGAGAUAUGAAAGAUGACGGUACGAGAGUAUUGAAUAAGUAUUACCAUUGUACCGUCAGGACUGACGUGUGAGAAAGAGCCUCUCUAUCGCCCGCAAAAGAUCGACGCUGCGAUAUUCUGCGACUGAUAUUAUUAGUAGCGAGACUGAUGGUUACCGAGACGCUACUUUCUGUUUUUUUUUUUAUUUUUUUUUUCAUCGCGGAGGCUACGGUCCGAACAUGGAUCGAUCGAGUCGCAAACCGACCGGCUUUAUCGCCGACCUCUUGACUAUGCUUGACAUCGCCGGUGUUUUGUUGUUUUUAAAAAUUCUCUGCUCGUUCCUGUAAUCUCUUUGGGUCGAACGUUUGCUGGGGACGGAGGCUGCUUGCUUAGCAUGAUGGAUCUUAGAGCUUCUCAAUUUCUUUUUUUUUUUAUAACUAUGACUGAAUAAUGAACCACGUUCAAAUCAUAUCCAAAGAUAUAACUUUUCAUUUUUCGAUCGCUUUUAAGCUUAUACAUACAUACAUACAUACAUACAUACAUACAUAUAUACAUAUAUACAUACAUACAUACAUACAUAUAUAC